AUGAAUACUUAAAAGUUUUAUUAUGGUGAAGACAUUAUCUAAAAGACCCCGGAAUAUUAGCUUAACACUUAAACUAGAAGAAUAGCCAGAUCAAAAAGCGAAAAUAGAAAGAUGGUUAAAUCAAUAACAAAAUAUUCCAAUUCCCAUAUAAAUGGUUUUGAGAAUAUUACUGAAUACAAUUAAAUUCCUAUUGGGUAAGUGCGUAUUAUGAAAAGAAGAAAAUUAGUUUUGUAGAAACAAGUUCAAAAUUAAGAUAAUUCUGGAGGGUUGUUAUCUAAUUAAACUAAAAUAAGAUUAAUUCAAUUACACAAUAGGGAAAGUCAAAAGUCUACUGAAAAGAGAUAAUCAUUUAGUAAUUAAAUGUAAUCUCAUUUACGUAGUUUCGAUAACUAAUAAUAAUUUCUAUCAUCUUUAUUAUAGAAGGAUUAGAACCUUGAAAGGAUUAAUAAAUUAGUCAAAAUGAGGUUAGCCAAAUCUUAAGUCAAAAUCCAUUCCCAUUAAAGAUCUUAAAAUACUGAAGUUUCUAGUGAAAAGCAUUAAAUGGCUACACAGCUCUCUAAUUGUAGAUAGCGUUAUGGAGAUUCGAAAGACCUAAGAUAAUUUGAGUUAAAGUUAUACAUUUACAAGUUAGUUUUGACAUUCGAAUACACUUGUCAAAUUUGGAAAGGGAAUAGCAAAUUAGAACACUUCUUAGAUCAAGAAUAGAAAUUUGUUGGAUUUAUGAAUUUCACAUAUAACCUAACAAAUCUGCCAUUAAACAUUGAAGUAAAACUAAAUUAUCACAAUAGGGAUUGAGUUAAUUGUUUAAGGGAACUUAAUACUUGAUCAAAACAUUGAAAUCUUACAUUCCAUAAACAUUAGAGAGAUUAAUCUUUGAAGAUUUGGAAUGUCAGAAGUUGAGACAAUUAACAUUUUAAUAUUAGGUAUUUUAUAUCUUGAAUAAUCACUCUGAGUUGAUAGAUAAUUUUACUAAUUAAACAAUUCGAUUUAUGGUAAGAUAAUCUAAAGAAUGUAGUGAUUUACAGGAACAUAUUGAAAAACAGUUUCUGAGUAGGAAUUUGUAGGAGGUCGAUCAAAUAUAAUGUUUAUUUAAAAAACAAUUUAAUUAGCCCUAUGAAAUAUUGUUGAGUGAGGCUAAAUCAUUUUGUAAUUUAGUGAUUGAAUAUGAUUAUGUGAAACAACUGUAUUGUUUUUGUAUUAAGGUGUAGGAUACCUUGUCAGAUAAGAUUAAGUAAGAAGGAAAUAGGAAACAAGUGUAUGAUAAGGGAUUCGAUUUCAAGGCAGCUUUGUAGAAGAUUAAAUCAAAGGAAGUAAGAAUCAUUCUGAUUAGGUGAAUCAUGAGAAAUUAUUCGCUUAAUUAGUUCCUCAAAAGCAUGAUAUUAUUUAGAAAUUAGAUAUGUUUGAGUGUAAAUUUGGCCGAUUUGAAUCCAUAUCUAAUCUGUCCAGAGAAUAUGCGAAUUUGGGUGAUAUGAAAUACAAUUAGCUUUAUGAGAGGAUUCUCAAAUUAUAAAAAUAAAUGGAAUGAAUCUCAAUAUUAUCUGAUGUAUUUAUACAUUUAAUGCUG